AUGAAGAUCAGUCAAAAGGUCCAGCACUCCCAAUCUCAGGGCAAGGUUUGGUGGUCUUUUGAGUAUUUCCCUCCUCGGACAGCCCAGGGCCUCCAAAAUCUUCUAGAUCGUAUAGAGCGCAUGCGGGGCUUGGGCCCUGAAUUCGUGGAUAUCACCUGGAAUGCAGGAGGGAGAACAUCAGAAUUAACGUCCGAGCUGGUAAAGACUUGCCAGGGCACACUGGGCAUCGAGACCUGCAUGCAUUUGACGUGCACGAACAUGCCUAUGGAAAAGGUCGACAUCGCGCUCCGUGAAGCGAAGGAGCAUGGGUGCCGGAAUAUCCUUGCUCUCCGGGGCGAUCCUCCGGCAGGUAAGGAGGAAUGGGAAGCUGUUGAGGGUGGCUUUGUCCACGGUAUCGACCUUGUCAAGCACAUCCGCAAGAAUUAUGGCGACUACUUCGAUAUUGCAAUUGCCGGAUUCCCUCAAUACCACCUUCUUCCUCCCGAAGAACGCGAUGCAGAGAUGCGUUACCUCAAGGAGAAGGUUGAUGCCGGGGUCAACUUCAUCAUGACUCAAAUGUUCUACGAUGUCGAUCUCUUCAUUGAUUGGGUGAAGGCCGUUCGUGCUGCAGGCAUCACUAUCCCCAUCGUCCCUGGAGUCGCGCCCGUACAAACGUGGAACGGGUUCCUAAAGUCAACGAACCUAGCCAAGACACAAAUUCCCCAGUCGUUUAUGGAUGUGCUGGAGCCUCACAAGAAUAAUGAUGAGAAAGUUCGAGAGAUUGGGACGAAACUUGUCGCUGAGAUGUGUCGCAAGAUCUUGGCCGCGGAUAUUGGCAUUCGUGGAAUUCACUUCUACACUAUGAACCUCGAGAAAGCAACAAAAAUGCUACUGGAGGAGCUCAAUCUUGUGCCUCGUGUGGAGACAGUCAAACCAUUGCCGUGGAGACAAUCCCUCACUCCGAGUAGAAGGAACGAGACAAUCCGCCCGAUCUUCUGGGCUAACCGGGCGAAGUCAUACCUUUCUCGUACUGAAAACUGGGAUGAGUUUCCCAACGGCCGUUUUGGAGACUCUCGUAGUCCUGCCUAUGGUGAACUGGACGGCUACGGCGUAUCGCUCAAGCACUCCGUAAAGGAAGGUCUCAAGCUGUGGGGUGAACCAUCAACGUUCGGCGAUGUCACAAAGCUGUUCAGUCGUUUCUGCUACAAGGAACUAAACGCCCUUCCGUGGUCGGACCAGGCUGCUGCGACGGAAACAUCAAUUAUCUCCAAUCAACUGGCACGCAUAAACGAACUCGGAUUCCUCACCAUCAACUCCCAGCCCGCCGUAAAUGGUGCCCGUAGUGACGAUCCCGACGUUGGUUGGGGGCCCAGCAACGGCUACGUCUACCAGAAGGCAUACUUGGAGUUUUUCGUUGGCCCCAAACUCCUCGACCUCCUGAUCUCUCACAUUGAGCAGGACAUCAAUAUCACCUACUAUGUCAUCAACAGGCAAGGCGACUUACGCACGAACAACCACUCUGAGGGACCCAACGCUGUGACAUGGGGCGUCUUCCCUGGUAAGGAGAUCAUCCAGCCCACUAUCGUGGAGGCAAUCAGUUUCAUGGCCUGGAAGGACGAGGCCUAUGAGCUCGGUAUGAAGUGGGCGGACAUCUACCAGAAGGACAGUCAAGCUCACAAGACCAUUACUGGCAUUAUGGGAACGUCCUACCUUGUGAAUGUUGUACACAAUGACUUCAAAGAUCCUGAAGCCAUCUUCCAGCCCUUUUUUAAGGCUGGCGAGGAGUACGCCAAAUCUCACGCCGAUGGCUCUCCAGUGCAUGACGGCGUCCCUAACUAA